CUGGGUAUGUGUAGGUGUAGGAGGGAGGGCAGUUCAAGCAGUUACUGACUAUAAAUGUUGAUCUUCUCAUAUGUGCAUUUCCUGGCAACUGAGGAUAGGUGAAUCUAGAAAGAUAGACUAGAGCAAAGUACCAGUUAGACACACAAUACAAAGACUUGUGUGAAACAAUUUAAUACUGCAUUUAUUGCAGCUUUACAUUGGGCUUCAGACAUAUUUGAAUCAAAAGAAAUCUACUGCAAAGGAUACAUUUAACAUGGCAGCUGGUGAGAGAAUGAAUGCUGACUGCAAUGGACAUUCAUAUAUGUCAGCCAUUGGAGGAGAGCAUGGUGAUUUCUGUGGAGGUCUGAGGGUUCCGGCCGUGAGAACUCAACAGUCCUCUCUCAACCAAUCUCUCGGUGUGAACUCUAUUAAGGUAGAGGAGGACAGUGACAAUGAGCCUGUUGGUGCUCUACAGCCAGAGAGGAGAAAAGGAGAGAGGGAUGACAGAGAGGACACAAUAGAAGACGGGAGUGGAGAGCUGGGAGGAAGGGUGGGUCGAGGGAGUGGUUACGGGGAGCUGGCCAGUCCUCAGCCUGCAUCCCCGGGUCCCAUCCGACUGCCCAAUGGGAAGCUCCAAUGUGACGUGUGUGGAAUGAACUGUAUCGGGCCCAAUGUACUGAUGGUGCACAAGCGCAUCCACACAGGUGAGCGUCCGUUCCAGUGUACCCAGUGUGGAGCCUCCUUCACCCAGAAGGGGAACCUGCUGCGCCACAUAAAGCUGCACUCUGGAGAGAAACCCUUUAAAUGUCCCUUCUGUAACUACGCCUGUCGCCGCCGGGACGCACUCUCUGGACACAUCCGCACACACACUGUGCCCUCUCUGACAGUGGGUAAACCUUACAAGUGCAGUUACUGUGGUCGUAGCUACAAGCAACAGAUCACCCUGGAAGAACACCUUGAACGCUGCCACAACUACCUAAAGUGUCUACAGAACCAUCAGCCAGCACUCAGCACUGAACACGAUGCACAGGGUAUGGAGCCGAUGUCUGAGCCAGAGGCUGUCCUCCAGCCGUCCACUGAGAAACUGUCUUUUAUAGACAGACUGGUGAACACCAUCACCAAACGCAAGAGGUCCACUCCACAGAAGUUUCUGGGAGAAAAGCACAUGAGGCUCAACGAGCCUGAUAUAACUUCUGAACUAUUCCCUGGUCCUGAAAAGGAAAAGGAUGGGGACCUGCACACUGCACCCAACUCUCACCUUGAGGGAGAGGCUGGUGCUGCAGGGUUAGUGGGGAUGGGGGGCAGUUAUCUCCACAGGUAUGGAGGUGAUGAGGACCCUGGGUCUGAGCCCCCUCAGCUGGCCCUGCCCUACUCUGCCUGCCUGUCUGACCCCAGCCCAGUCAUCAGCUCUGUUUACAGCCACCCGAUUCCUCUGGGUCCCCAGGUCAAUGGAGCCGUAGGUGGGCGUGGAGGUGGGGUAGCGGCCAGGUUUGUGGAGCUCGCUGGGCGGGAAGCAGGCGAGGGACACGAGGACAUACCCUCAGGUCAGAGCCCCACGGUCAGUAAUGGCUACAGCAAUGGCCCCAGCAAUGGCUGCCAUGAUUUCAAAGACAAGUCCGACACAGAGAGCACAGCAGAGGAGCAGCAGAGCACUGGUGUUACAGCUCCAACCAGCAACCACCACCUCCUCCCUAACCUACAGUACGUAGACCCAGCACUGCCCAGCAGCCGUCGCGACCGCCUUCCAAACCCCAAUCCCAGACACGCCCAAGACUCAGAAAUAGAGAGGGAGAGAGGGUACACCGACACCACCAUCCCCACCACUGUGAAGGGAUCGGGGAGCCCUGGUCCAGGGUCACCAUCCUUCUCCGGGGAAGCUUCGAUACAGGUACAGGUGGUGGACAGGGAGGGACGAGCGGUGCGGUCAUUCCGCUGUGAGCACUGUCGCAUGUUCUUCCUGGACCACGUGAUGUUCACCAUCCACAUGGGCUGCCACGGAUUCCACCAGCCUUUCCAGUGCAACGUCUGUGGCCACUGCAGCUGCAACCGCUACCAGUUCACCUCGCACAUCAUCCGCGGGGAGCACCAGGUGGGCUGAGGACA